UGUAUACUAUAGAUAUCUAUGUUCGUACAAUCCGCGAUCAAUACUUGCUCGCCCGGGAAAUAUUAAGCUGUCUGCGCAGUGUCGCUUCGGAGAGGUGAAAGCCGGCCGGGCAUUCAUUGCGAAAAGAGACGAAAUUAAUAAAAUGUCGAACAUUCUGCCGCUGUUCUUGGAUCUGGAGGCCCCACGGCGGCCUAACCAACGCCACGUCUCGCUGCAAGUCCGCCCAGAGGAGGUGCUCGAGGAGCUCAGUCGGCUCCAAGAAUACGACAGGCCGCGGAACCAGCAGCCGACCAUUUUGAAAAAAGCCUCUUCCGCCAUAAAAAAGGCUAAAAAUAAGUUUCAAGUAAAUCUGGACGUGCAAUGCUUCGCGCCCGAAGAGCUGUCAGUUGUGACGAUUAAUGGGUUCGUGGUGGUGGAGGGUAAGCACGAGGAAAAGCGCGAAACGCACUGUUGGGUGAGCAGGGAAUUCCGGGCGCGGUACCCGCUGCCGGAAGGUUGCGGCACCGAAGCAGUGCGUUCGCAACUGUCGUCCGACGGCGUGCUCACGGUGACGGCGCCGCUGCAAAAGCAAGCACGGGCCGUGCGGCUGGUGCCCGUGGUAUAUAUUGGCCCAGUGCGGAGUCAACACAAGUCAGCCCAGGUUCAGCUGGAAGAAGCCUUCGGUGGGCACGUCGAAGGGGUCAGCGAGACGCCUGCUGCCUUCGGCGGGCACGUCGAGGCAGAUAGUGAGACGUCUGCUGCCUUCAAUGGGCACGUCAAGACUGAUAACGAGACCCCUGAUGCCUUCAGUGAGCACGUAGCGUGGGACAGCGAGACGUCUGCUGCCUUCGAUGAGCACGUCGCGUGGGACAGCAAGACGCCUGCUGCCUUCCGAGGUUACGCCGAGUGGGACAGGGAGGCGCUUGCUGCCUUGGAUGCGCACGUCGAGUGGGACAGCGAGACGCCUGCUGCCUUCGGUGAGCGCUUCGAGGGCGACAGCGAGACGCCUGCAGCCUUCGGUGAGCGCUUCGAGGGCGACAGCAAGACGCCUGCAAUCUUGGGUGGGCGUGACGACAGCGACAGCGAGGCUCAUGCAACCUCCAGUGGACGUGUCGAUGGCGACAUCGAGACGCCUGCAGUCUUCGGUGGGCGCGUCCAGAGCGACAGCGAAACUCCUGCAACCUCCGGUGGGCGCGUCGAGAACGAUGCUGCUCUCGACGCGCCCAGCGAAAACGUCCACUAGAUUGCGCCAAUCUCCUACUGUAUCUAUUUAUUCACUUGAAUACAAAUUUUAAUUCAAUGUAUUUGAUAUUUAAUUUGAUAAUGACGGUUUAAAUAAAUGAUA